AUGUCGCUUCAGCGAGGCAUUGUAAUCGCGGUCCUGGUUGUACUGGCCUACAUCGCCAAGGUCGUGUGGGCAGGGUAUACAUCCCCACUUGCAAAGCUACCAGGGCCUUGGUACUCAAGAUACACCAACCUCAUCCUUCGUUACCAGGUCCUCUCAGGCAGGCGGAUCUUCUACGUGGACAAGCUUCACCAGCAAUAUGGCGGUGUCGUACGGAUUGCACCAAACGAGGCCGCCGUUUCGGACACAGGAGGUGUGACUCAGAUACAUAAGAUUGGUGGCGGGUUUUUGAAGUCAGACUUCUACUCGGUCCUUGUGCCAACUGAUACACCUGGAAUUUUCGCUAUGCGCGACCCACAUGCCCACGCCGCCCGAAGGAGGCUGUUCGCCCGAGCCUUCAGUAAUAGCAGCUUGAACAGCAACUGGGAUGUAGAAGUUAGACAAAAAGUGGGUUUAGCUGUCCAAAAGAUCCGCCAGGAUGCUUCUGGUUCAUCGCAAGGGGCCGAUAUCUUCAAGUGGUGGACGCUCAUGACGACCGAUGUGAUUGCACAUCUUUGUUUCGGAGAAAGCUUUAACAUGCUUGAACUGGGAAAGCAAACACCCUACAUUGACGCUAUCCAGGCCGCGCUGCUUGGAUCGGUGUUGCGAUCCGAACUACCGAUCGUAUACAAUAUCCUUCGGCUCAUACCCUUGAAGCGAAUACAGACCAUGGUAACCACUGAUGAUGUCGUAUAUGGAUACGGCCGGCGUGCGAUCGAGAAUAUGCGCAACCGCAACGGGAACGCUAUGAAUCUCUUUGGUCAGAUGCUGGCUGCUUGCGAAAAUAACGAGAAGGUUUCACUAACAGACAAGGAUAUUCGGGAGGAAGCGGGAAACCUCAUUGUUGCGGGAUCAGACACCACCGCAGUCACCCUGACCUAUCUCGUCUGGGCAGUUCUAAAACAGCCGGACCUGCAGACUCGCCUCGAGGACGAAAUCGCACACUCAAGCGAUGAACUGACCAAAGAAGAACUUGAGAACGCGCCUAUUUUGAACAGCGUCAUUGAAGAGACGUUGAGGCUCUAUGGUGCUGCGCCUGGAGCGCUACCUCGAACUGUUCCCAAACAAGGCACAACCAUAAAUGGAUAUCACAUUCCCGGCGGUGCUGUAGUCAGUACCCAGGCUUACACAAAUCACCGAGACCCAUCAGCCUUCGCCGACCCACUGCGAUUCGAUGGUCUGCGAUUCCUGAACAAACCUACCCUGUCAGCCCAUCAAAAAGCGUCAUACAUGCCGUUCGGAGGCGGCUCUAGGGUGUGUAUUGGCAUUCAUCUCGCAUACAUAGAGCUUCGCUUAGCAGCAGCUCUCUUCUUCCGACAAUGUCGUGGCGCCAAAAUUUCCGAAUGUAUGAAAGAUGAGAUGAUGGAGAUGGACAAUAGGUUUUUGAUCUCUCCUGUAGGACACCACUGCUACAUCACCUUGAAAUGA